CCACAUUUAUUCAAAAGACCGCAUCGCAAACAAAACUCCCUGUUUUGAUUCUCACACAAUGGCUGCAACGAACGCAUCUUCCCAACAGACCAUCGGCUUCAGCAACAGAAUCAAGAAUGUAGCAAUCGUAGGUGCUACUGGGAGGCUGGGGAAAUUUUUGACGUCGGCUCUCUUGGAUAAAAAGUCGUUCAACAUAACAGCCAUUACUCGGAGUAAUAGCGGCCCACCACCCCCUGGAGUUCUGGUAGCCACUGUCGACUACUCAGAUCCCUCUACUCUUGUCUCCGCGCUUAGAGGCCAAGAGGUUCUCAUAAUCACCAUGAGCCGGGCUGCGCCUCCCGACCAACAGUCCAAGCUCAUUGACGCCGCUGCCACGGCGGGCGUGCCUUAUGUUAUACCUAAUGAAUUUGGAGGCAACACCGACAACAAGACUGUUUCGGAUGAAGUGUACAUUGGGCCGGGGAAAAGAAAGUUGCGUGCACAAAUCGAGGAGUUGGGUGUGUCGUCGUGGUUGGGAAUAGUAACGAGCUUUUGGUACGAGUACUCGCUUGCUGGACCUGGGCUGUUUGGGAUCGAUGUUGCGAAGCGAGAAGUCACUUUCUUUGACGAUGGGAAGCAGAGACUCAACACAAUCACCUGGCCGCAGAUUGGUCGUGCAGUUGCGAAUCUGUUGUCCCUACCGAUUCUCCCCGAGGAUGGAAGGGAGAAGGAAGGGCAGGUUGUGCUCAGCUCCUACAACAAUUGUUUUGUGUUCGUCUCUUCGUUUGCGUUGAAUCAGCGCGAGAUGUUGGAUUCUUUGAACCGGGUUAUGGGGCUCAGUGACUCAGAUUGGAAGAUUACGCAGGAAAAUUCGAGGGAAAGAGUGCAAAGGGCAAAGGAAAUGGCGAAAGCGGGUGACAAUAUGGGAUUUGUCAUGUUACUUUACACUCGGUAUUAUUAUCCAGGAGAGAAUGCCGGGCUGUAUGAAGUCACACAUGGACUGGAAAACGAAGCAUUGGGUUUGCCCAAAGAAAGUCUGGACCAAGCAACUAAAGAGGCUGUUGAAAUGGUUGAGAGAGGGGACUUGAACCCGUAUUUCAAGGCCAUUCUGGGGAAAUGA